UGUACAAUAGAGCGGGGCCGGAGCGCGGGGGGUCGGAGCUGGGAUCUCACACCCCUUUCCUUUCCAGCGAGCCCUCUCCUUGCACUUCCCCCAGUCACUUCCACCAGUCACACACGUCUCGUUAUACAGCGGGACACAUGGGCCCAGACUCACUACAACUCCUAUACAGGACACUGAAUGUCUAUAAUAUAUAUACUGAUCGAUACUGAUCUAUACUGUGUGCAGCACCAGCAGUGUCCAGCCACAAGCCCUCCUGCUCUCAUUCACUUCUUAUAUCACUUCCACUGUGUGACUUGUGCGACUUGUAGUUCAGUAGAAGUGACCAGUCCUGCAGGUGGGAUGUGUCUGUUUCAUUUCACUAGAGAGAUCCUCUGGGCUGCACCCUGGAGCUUCUGACUGUUGCAUCAUACUUACACUCCAGUACAACUACAUCUCUCUGCAUUGUCCACAGGCUCUCACAGCAUGCUGGGAGUUGUAGUGUAACAGCUGCUUAAAAAGCACAGUUGGGGCAUCUGUUUGUGAAGGGUCAUUCCAGGGAGACAAACAUUGUAUGUAUGUGUCAUGUAUGUAUGUAUUGUAUGUAGAGGUAUGGACAACUGCGAGGCCUCCAGUGAAACUGUAGCAGCUGCUUUAGACUUUUUCUUACUGGGAAUUGUAGUUCAUGGCUUGUUCAAUAAUCAGAUAUAAGAUGUUUGUGUCUAUGCAAUACAUUGGGAAUUUGGGGAAGGUGUCAUUCAUUGUAAAUACAACCUGUAGUUUAGUGCAACACCGAGGAAUUCCCAGCUAUCUGCGCAGGUAGUUCUGGGUCAGGCUGUAUAUAGAGGGUUCCCCGUUUGGAGGUAUAUGAGGGAUGUUCUGGGUCAGACUGUAUAUAGAGGGUUCUCAGUAUGGGGGUAUAUGAGGGAUGUUCUGGGUGAGACUGUAUAUAGAGGCUUCCCAGUUUGGGGGUAUAGUAGGGAUGUUUUGGGUCAGGCUGUAUAUAGAGGGUUUCCAGUAUGGGGGUAUAUGAGGGAAGUUCUGGGUCAGGCUGUAUAUAGAGGCUUCCCAGUUUGGGGGUAUAGUAGGGAUGUUUUGGGUCAGGCUGUAUAUAGAGGGUUUCCAGUAUGGGGGUAUAUGAGGGAAGUUCUGGGUCAGGCUGUAUAUAGAGGGUUCCCAGUUUGGGGGUAUAGUAGGGAUGUUUUGGGUCAGGCUGUAUAUAGAGGGUUUCCAGUAUGGGGGUAUAUGAGGGAAGUUCUGGGUCAGGCUGUAUAUAGAGGGUUCCCAGUUUGGGGGUAUAUGAGGGAAGUUCUGGGUCAGGCUGUAUAUAGAGGGUUCUCAGUAUGGGGGUAUAUGAGGGAAGUUCUGGGUCAGGCUGUAUAUAGAGGGUUCCCAGUUUGGGGGUAUAUGAGGGAAGUUCUGGGUCAGGCUGUAUAUAGAGGGUUCUCAGUAUGGGGGUAUAUGAGGGAAGUUCUGGGUCAGGCUGUAUAUAGAGGCUUCCCAGUUUGGGGGUAUAUGAGGGAAGUUCUGGGUCAGGCUGUAUAUAGAGGGUUCCCAGUAUGGGGGUAUAUGAGGGAAGUUCUGGGUCAGGCUGUAUAUAGAGGGUUCCCAGUAUGGGGGUAUAUGAGGGAAGUUCUGGGUCAGGCUGUAUAUAGAGGGUUCCCAGUAUGGGGGUAUAUGAGGGAUGUUCUGGGUCAGGCUGUAUAUAGAGGGUUCCCUGUAUGGGGGUAUAUGAAGGAAAUUCUGGGUCAGGCUGUAUAUAGAGGGUUCCUGUUGGGAGUAUAGUAGGGAUUUUCUGGGUCAGGCUGUAUAAAGAGGGUCUCCAUUCUGGUUUUAUAGGGGGGAGGAGAAGCUUGAUCAGGCUUUAAAUAAAAGGUGUAUAGUCUGUGUAUAGGAGGGAUGUGCUGGGUAGGUGAUUAUAUACUGUAAAUGUUGCAUGCUGUGCAUUGUAGUGCUAUACUAGCUGGAGUACUUAGGGCUUCUGACACACCUCCUUCCUAGUACAGGUAUGGGUCCAUUAUACGGAAACCGAUAUCCAGAAUGCUCCAAAUUACGGAAAGGCUUUCUUCCGUAGACUCCAUUAUAGUAAAAAUGAUUUCCC